AUCGUCAACCAGCGCACCGAUCCCAUCGACAACAAUGCCUCCCAAGUCCGGAAAGAAGACCGCCGCUAUGCCCUACCCCCAGGGCAAGGCUGGCUCGUCCAAGAAGGCCGCUAAGAACCCUCUCAUCGAGAAGCGUACCCGCAACUUCGGUAUCGGCCAGGACAUCCAGCCCAGGCGCGAUCUGUCCCGCUUCGUCAAGUGGCCCGAAUAUGUCCGCCUCCAGCGCCAGAAGAAGAUUCUGAACAUGCGCCUCAAGGUCCCCCCGGCGAUUGCCCAGUUCCAGAACACCCUGGACCGCAACACCGCUGCCCAGACCUUCAAGCUCCUCGCCAAGUACCGCCCUGAGACCAAGGCUGAGAAGAAGGAGCGUCUCGUCCAGGAGGCCACCGCCGUCUCCGAGGGCAAGAAGAAGGAGGAUGUCUCCAAGAAGCCCUACCACGUCAAGUACGGUCUCAACCACGUCGUCGGCCUCAUUGAGAACAAGAAGGCUUCCCUCGUCCUCAUCGCCCACGAUGUUGACCCCAUUGAGCUGGUUGUCUUCCUGCCCGCUCUCUGCCGCAAGAUGGGUGUCCCCUACGCCAUCGUCAAGGGCAAGUCCCGUCUCGGUACCGUCGUCCACAAGAAGACCUCUGCCGUUCUGGCUCUGACCGAGACCCGCUCCGAGGACAAGGCCGAGUUCUCCAAGCUCCUCUCUGCCAUCAAGGAGGGCUACACCGACAAGUACGAGGAGACCCGCCGCCACUGGGGCGGUGGUAUCAUGGGUGCCAAGGCCAACGCCAAGCAGGAGAAGAAGACCAAGGCUGCCGAGGCUGCCAUCAAGGUCUAAGCUCACCCUUUCCGUGACUUAGUUUUUGUUGGUUGGGAUCGCCGCUCCCCAGCUAUCUCCUACAAAAGUUCUUAUGGGAAACGAGGUGUUCAAGGCUCCGGAUGACUUAGCUUUAAUAGAUGGGUGAGAAAGAGCCCUUGGGCGCUUUGAACCCCAUUUUCUCCAAAAAGAAAAUUUUUUCUCACGAACUCCUCGACGGCCUUAUGUACCACUUUCUCGCAGAUACCCAUGAAUCCAUUUCUCUACCGUUCAAUAUGGCCUUAAGUAG